AUGAGAGAGUAUAAGCUUGUGGUGCUCGGCAGUGGAGGUGUCGGUAAAAGUGCCCUCACGGUUCAGUUUGUACAAGGCAUUUUUGUUGAUAAGUACGACCCAACAAUCGAAGAUAGCUACAGGAAAAGUGUUGAAAUCGACUCACAGCAAUGCAUUUUAGAAAUUCUUGAUACUGCCGGGACUGUAAUUUUCCAUCUUUAUCUAUGACUUGUUAGGAGCAAUUUACAGCCAUGCGGGAUCUUUACAUGAAAAACGGCCAGGCAUUCAUCCUGGUAUAUUCAAUAACCAACCCCGCGAGUUUCUCCGAUUUGAUAGAUUUGA